AUGUUGGACAUGCUUGAGUACAGUCACUACCAGGUCCAGACUCAUUUGGAGAGCCCCAAUAAAUAUCACCUCCAGCAGAGUCCAAGGCAGCAGGUGAAGCACUAUCUGCCCAGCACACUUGGCUCUAAGCUAAGCCCUCCAUUAAACAGCCAGCACCCGGAGCACGGCAUGCCCCCCGGCCCCGGAGCCAGCGCCCCCAACAGCCCUAUGGCCCUGCUCACCCUCACAAACAACUGCGAGAAAGAGAUGGACGACGUUAUUGAAGACAUUAUCAGUUUGGAGUCGAGUUACAAUGAUGACAUCCUUGGAUUAAUGGACGCAGGACUUCAAAUACCAAAUACGAUCCCGGUUUCUGCAAAUCUUCUUGACAUCUAUAGUAAUCAUGCACUUCCUCCAUCUGGAGUCUCCAUUGGGAAUUCCUGCUCGUCUAGUUUACCCAGCGUCAAAAGGGAAUUCUCAGGUAUCCCAGCUCCUGACAUGAUGCACGUGGACCAACCUGGACUAUGUGGCAAGUUUGACUCUUAUCAGAGGCCCGAAGGCCUUCCAGUAGAAGCAGAAGUGAGAGCUUUGGCAAAAGAGAGGCAAAAGAAAGACAACCACAACCUGAUUGAACGAAGACGACGCUUUAACAUAAAUGACAGAAUUAAAGAACUUGGGACGUUAAUUCCCAAAUCUAACGAUCCAGACAUGAGGUGGAAUAAAGGAACUAUUUUGAAGGCCUCAGUGGACUACAUCAGGAAGCUACAGCGAGAGCAGCAGCGAGCGAAAGAGCUGGAGAGCAGACAGAAGAGACUGGAGCACACCAACAGACACCUCCUGCUUCGCAUUCAGGAGCUGGAAAUGCAGGCUCGUGCUCAUGGUUUGGCUGUAGGAGGCUCCUCAGCACUUUGCUCCAGUGAGUUGGUGGCCUGCACAAUCAAGGAAGAACCUAUUAGCUAUUCAAGCUGCGUGUCCGAGCUGUAUGCUCGGCCACACCUCCCCAGCCCAGAUCAUUCCCGGCCGACCACUCUGGACCUCAACAACGGCACUAUUAGCUACAGUGACAACACCACAGAUGAGGCAGAGGCAGGGCUGUAUGCAAGCCACAAAGACCCCUCAGCCAAGCUAAACGACAUGUUUCUGGAGAACACACUGUCACCAGUAGGCACCAGUAACCUGCUGCUCUCCUCAGGUUCUCCCACACACUCCGACAGCAGCAGACGAAGCAGCACCAGCACAGAAGAACAGGAGAAGGGCUGUUAG